CCCGGUGAAAGAAAUAUUCAGAAGUUAUACGAUCAUUUUGUGAUCCCGGGUCCCCAUGGUCUGCAUAUCUGUCUCGACCAUGAACCGCUGGGAAUAAGCGCGAAUGAGCUGCUAGAAUGGACCCUUGGAAAGGCAGUAAUUCUUAAGGAUCUGAAAAAUUGUAUCCGACAGUUACUGGUUGUGUUGGACUUCUUACAUUCUGUAGGUGGCGAAAUCCAUACAGAUCUUCAGCUCAAAUAUCUGCUUCUUCCAACACCAAAGCCAGAAGCGCUCGCCGAUUUUGAGGAAGCAGAGAUAAAGACGCCAUCAGCGCGAAAGGUGGUCACAGAUCGUACAAUCUACAUGUCUUCCCGCUUCCCUCCUGGAGACGGACUACCGCUUCCGAGCGAUUUCGGCGAACCUCGUCUUAGUAACAAACGUCUUGAUGAAGAUAUCAUGCCAAAUCUUUACAGGGCUCCUGGGGUCAUUUUGCGAGCAGGCUGGGAGUAUGACGUUGAUAUCUGGAAUGUUGCUAUGGUUGUGAGUGUUCUGCAACCACUCGGUCACCCUCCAGUGUGGAGAUACUAUACCGCACGGCCACCUACUUACAUCCCCUGCCCCGCCUAUCCACCUGCACCCGACUGUGAUUGA